AUGACGUCACGCCAGACUAUUAAUACUUGGCCUCAAGCUUCCAUCAAGCAUUGAUCGUUUUCCGCGGUGACCGUGACCUGCCACCUUACAGAACAACAGCAACGUCACAAAGCUAAUACGAGAUGGCCCGUACCAAGCAGACUGCUCGUAAAUCCACCGGAGGAAAGGCACCAAGGAAGCAGCUUGCGACCAAGGCAGCCAGAAAGAGUGCGCCCUCUACAGGAGGAGUGAAGAAGCCCCAUCGCUACAGGCCGGGCACUGUGGCUCUGAGGGAGAUCCGUCGUUACCAGAAGUCCACUGAGUUGCUCAUCCGCAAACUGCCCUUCCAGCGCCUGGUGAGAGAGAUUGCUCAAGACUUCAAGACCGAUCUCCGCUUCCAAAGUGCUGCUAUUGGUGCUCUUCAGGAGGCCAGCGAAGCAUAUCUGGUGGGUUUGUUUGAGGACACCAAUCUGUGCGCCAUCCAUGCCAAGCGUGUCACCAUCAUGCCCAAAGACAUCCAGCUGGCCCGCAGGAUAAGGGGAGAAAGGGCCUAAGUACCUCUUGACAGUCGUAUGUCAAGAUAAAUAUUUAUCAUAGUUAUGAUUUUUGUGGACUUUUUUUUUUUUUUUUUAAUUUCUUGGGUAUUCUUUUGAGUUAAUGACUUUUGUAUCGUAUUUUAGACAUCAGCCAUUCCACAUGCUAAUGGGUAGUUGUGUAGGAAUAUUUGCUUGUUAUGUGGAUUGUUGUGACAUUUAAGACAUCACUGCCCCUCCGCCAAGUUUUUGUGGAUAAUGACCUCCAUCCACGAUGAUAGUGUCUCAUCAUUGACCAUUUCUGGAACAAAAUGCAGCCUGCCCAACAAAUGUCUCCACUACUGUUACAACUCUUGGUGCAAGGAGCGAGCAGACCUUAUUUUUCUGGACUGCUUUUUACAUGUUUUCCAACAUUGAACAAAAUCCUGGCAGCUACAUUUUAAUAAUUGAGAAUUGUCACAUCUUUCUAUUAAAGUUCUUUAUGAGUAGA